AUGAACGAACAUAUCUCAAUGCGCGUCAACUCUGCCCGUCUUUCCGGAAUCAAGGGCAGGACAGUCCGCCUCCCUUGCAAAGUACUCCGAAUGACAUUGCCAUCGUUCGAAGCGAGUGAUGGCGGUCAGGUAGAAAUUCAAAGGAAGAAUGUGGAUAUGACUGCCACCUAUGUCGAAGUUAUUGGAAACGUGGUGGAUGCAUCCACAAUAAAAGCCAUGGCGACACUCCCGUUGGAUUCAGAAGGCGAGCUAGAUAUGCAACUGGUCAACGACGUGAUUGAGCUUACGUUUGAAUCGAGGUUCGAUAAGCUUUUCCCUCGGUACAAAGACACAUAG